ACCGCGGCCACAGAGUCUGCAACAGUAACCGAGCCAUGGCUCGAGCUGGCCAGCGGCGCGGGCAGGCACCAGCCGCGGAAGGCGCGUGGGCUGCAUCAGGAGAGCCGGGGGCCUCACAAUUCUAAUAAGGAGAGGGGCGAGAGGGGACCGGGAACGAGGGGGCUGGGGACACCGCGCUCACCCAACGGCGCGGAUCCUUUUUGGAAAUUAAUAUUAAAAAAAAAAAGCCGAGGACGCAGAGGGAAAGGUGGGGGCAAGAGGGAAGGCUAGACACACAGAGGGAGACAGAGCCCCACAGUGAGAGGAAGGAAAGAAGGCAACAGUCGCCAGCAGCGGAUGUGAAGACCGGACUCCGUGAGCCCUUUGCCGCCUCUGCCCGGCCUCAUCGAUGUUGUGUCCGCCGCCCGCUCGCCCGGAUCACGAUGAAUGCGCAGCUGACCAUGGAGGCGAUCGGCGAGCUGCACGGGGUGAGCCAUGAGCCGGUGCCCGCCCCUGCCGACCUGCUGGGCGGCAGCCCCCACGCGCGAAGCUCCGUGGCUCACCGCGGCAGCCACCUGCCCCCCGCGCACCCGCGCUCCAUGGGUAUGGCGUCCCUGCUGGACGGCGGCGGCGGCGGCGGCGAUUACCACCACCACCACCGGGCCCCUGAGCACAGCCUGGCCGGCCCCCUGCACCCCACUAUGACCAUGGCCUGCGAGACUCCCCCAGGUAUGAGCAUGCCCACGACCUACACCACCUUAACCCCUCUACAGCCGCUGCCGCCCAUCUCCACCGUCUCGGACAAGUUCCCCCACCAUCACCACCACCACCAUCACCACCACCACCCGCACCACCACCAGCGCCUGGCGGGCAAUGUUAGCGGUAGCUUCACGCUCAUGCGGGACGAGCGCGGACUGGCCUCCAUGAAUAACCUCUAUACCCCCUACCACAAGGACGUGGCUGGCAUGGGCCAGAGCCUCUCGCCCCUCUCCGGCUCCGGUCUGGGCAGCAUCCACAACUCCCAGCAAGGGCUCCCCCACUAUGCCCACCCGGGCGCCGCCAUGCCCACCGACAAGAUGCUUACCCCCAAUGGCUUCGAAGCCCACCACCCCGCCAUGCUUGGCCGUCACGGGGAUCAACACCUCACGCCCACCUCGGCCGGCAUGGUGCCCAUCAACGGCCUUCCUCCGCACCACCCCCACGCCCACCUGAACGCCCAGGGCCACGGGCAGCUCCUAGGCACAGCCCGGGAGCCCAACCCUUCCGUGACCGGCGCUCAGGUCAGCAAUGGAAGUAAUUCAGGGCAGAUGGAAGAGAUCAAUACCAAAGAGGUGGCGCAGCGUAUCACCACCGAGCUCAAGCGCUACAGCAUCCCACAGGCCAUCUUCGCGCAGAGGGUGCUCUGCCGCUCCCAAGGGACUCUCUCGGACCUGCUGCGUAACCCCAAACCUUGGAGCAAACUCAAGUCCGGCCGUGAGACCUUCCGGAGGAUGUGGAAGUGGCUGCAGGAGCCAGAGUUCCAGCGCAUGUCUGCCCUCCGCUUAGCAGCAUGCAAAAGGAAAGAGCAAGAACAUGGGAAGGAUAGAGGCAACACACCCAAAAAGCCCAGGUUGGUCUUCACAGAUGUCCAGCGUCGAACUCUACAUGCAAUAUUCAAGGAAAAUAAGCGUCCAUCCAAAGAAUUGCAAAUCACCAUUUCCCAGCAACUGGGGUUGGAGCUGAGCACCGUCAGCAACUUCUUCAUGAACGCCAGAAGGAGGAGCCUGGACAAGUGGCAGGACGAGGGCAGCUCCAAUUCAGGCAACUCAUCUUCUUCAUCAAGCACUUGUACCAAAGCAUGAAGGAAUAACCACGAACUCAAACCUCGGUGGAAAAGCUUUAAAUUUAAAAAAAAAAAAAAAAGAAAAAAAAAGAAAAAAAAUUUUUAAAAGACCAGGACCUCAAGAUAGCAGGUUUAUACUUAGAAAUAUUUGAAGAAGAAGAAAAAAAAGUGUUAUUUAUAGUCCAAAGAAACCAAAGACUUAGCUCACCUGCAUUCUGACUUUGUUUGGAGACACAUACUUCAGCGGGGUGACGACUUGGCAAAAAUUAUGAGCAGGAAACCACCACUGGAUCUCACACCUUCCGUCCAUGGUCAUUCUCGCUGUUCUUGGCUAUUUCAUGGUUUGGAGCAUAGUCAUCAUGAGCCACAGAGUGGACGUCUUUUAAGAUCGGACUUUCUCAUCUGUUCCACCGCUCCACAAAGGUGUAUGGUGUCUCAGUACUGUGUGUGGCUGUGUGUGUACACACACACCCACACCCACACACACACACACACACACACCACCAGUGGUUAGGGACUUAGGCAGGGCUGGUCUUCAGGAAGGGUUGUGCUAUCAGAGCGCAACCAACACAGUGUGGGGUUGUCUGAGUUCAUUGGAUUAGGAGUGUGAUUUCGCUCAUCUAGCCUAGCGUUUGAACCUGCCAGGCCCGCAACCUAAAUGCAGAUUCAAACCCAGCAAAGAAAAUUCGAAUGACACCUAAACCAGUGCAUUCUCUUUGUUUGUUAAGGAAUGUUCAGAUAUUUUUUAAGAAAUGAAACAAGAGUCCAUCCAUUAAAAAAAAAAAAUCACCUAGGUACCAAAGAACACACUUAAUAUUAUAGUGCAGGUAUUUUAUUGCAAUGAUUUUAAUAACCAAAGCUAUUUUUACACAAGAUACUAUGUAAAGUUAUACGUAUGAACUGAUCUAGCUGUAAUACACAUGCCACAUAGAAUCAUGACUAUUAUUUAUGACUCUUGAAGCAUUUGAAAUAUUAGUUUUCAGAACUGGCAAGAAAGAAUGUAGCUUCAGGGAAGCAAUUAAUAUCAUAACAGAGAGGUCCAUGCAGAAUACAUAUACACCCAGAUGGCAUACUCCCUUUCGGAAUCCAUAAAUGUCACUUAAGUAGACAUAUAGACACAAUUCCAGCAUCUUUUCAUAGCUGAGAAACCCUGGGAAUUCUUCCAAAGUAGGAUUCCGAUUUGUAAACUAGAAAACUAAGUCUAACAGGGCAGGUAACAAAAUUAGAAAAUUUGUUCCAAGUCAUGCUUUUCAGUAAAAGACCACUGAAUAAAGGACCCCAUACUUGGAUUAAUUUGACAAAUUUGCUGUAUGCAGUUGACACCAAAUCCUUUUUAUGAUAAUAAUACUUUACAAACACACAAAUAAAGUGAGCAAACAUUAUUAUUAGAAUGUAAACUAUCCAAUACUUUAAUCAUUUAAAACAUAUAGUCAAACUGAUUUUAUGUCUAAUCCCAGACAUUUUAUGACUUGGACAUCCAUAAAAAUGGCAGGCACAACCAGGAAAUGGUGGAACAUAGCAAAAGCCCGAGUUCUAGUGAAACACAAGACUUUGGGUUCUAUAGUCUUAAGCUAUUUAUUUCACUAAGCAUAGCCUCUAAAGCGUACUACAUUCUUUCUUGCUACUGCAUUAAGCUGGCAAUUUUAUAACAUAGAUUCCACUCUCUAACAGGGACAGAUAAACACUAGACCUGAACCUCCAAAUAUAAAAAUUUAAAUUUCUCUUUUCCCAAAUCACUUAACCAGGGCUAUAGAAAUCAAGGCAAAAAAAAAUUUUUUUUAAAGAUAAUACAGUUGUACUAGUAGUACCCAAGGGAAUCAUUUGAUGCCCCCACUCCCCCUCCCACCCCCGCAAUUCUCUCUUAAUUUAAUUGAAUUGUAACUCAUAUAAGUGGAUGCCUUUUGUACUAAUAGGUAAAGAACUGGGUACUCUUGGUUAAUUAGCACACCUAACUAGAAAUAUAAAAUUAAACGUUACCUCAACAAUAUGUUGUUUCUUGAGAUUCAUUAAAAUGCUAAAGAAAAAAAAAAUCAGACCACCUUGACAUGAAACCUAAGUCCUUAGGAUCAAAUCUCAGCAUCUUAUCUAGGUUUAGAAGAAGCAAACUCCUGGAGAGAUGAGGCAAAACCAACAUGCAUCUGUGUCUCCUUCAUGUCUUCUGUAGAAUGAGAAAAGGAAAGCAACACAUACUUCCCAUUUAAUGAAACAGCGCAUUUGCCUUGACACAUUUUGUCUUACUAUUUUUUUUAAUUUCACCCCAAAUUCCAGCUUAAAAUUUUCCCUUAUAAUAUGGCACAAUUAUAAUUCAGCUAUUAAAAGAGACCAUUUAAAUGGCCACCCUCCAAGAUUCACUACAAAAUUUAACCUUGUCAAUAACAUAAACUAAAAGGAAAAAACUGAUUAACUUUUUCUCUCUCUCCAGGAAUAAAAAAGGUCCAGGAUUACAGCUAUAUAAUGUAUUUAUAAUUUAGGAGGGAGGAAAGCCUUAUUGAAAACACGAGAAUUUUAAAUGCAGGGAAUCAAGCUGUGUCUACACACAAUCUUACCAAAUUCAGUACCCCAGGAAAAACAAAAGUUAAAUUCAGACAACCAUGAUUUUUUGUUUUGUUUUUACUACAUUACGCCCUCAAAUUAAUCUAACUGCAUUUUAAGUUUUCAACUAAUUAUUUUGUUGCUGUGUAGACACAGUUUCAAAGAAUAUUACUAUGUUUUUAAUAUUCUCACCAUAAUGGUUUUUUGAAAAAUAACCAGUGAUUCUAUUUGCUAACACCAAAGAUAAUUUUCAUACCAGCAUUGAAUUUGCACCCAUUAUGCAAUUUCAGGGCCUAGAGAUAUAUUUUCUCAUAAACAGAUGCACAAAUCAGAGCCUGAAAAGCAAUUCUUUUUACUUGAUUGUUUAAGCAUCCUCACAACCUCUGCUUCUUAGAAAUCAUAAUGGACAAACUCCGCUUCUCACAAGCAAUACACUUAUUCCAUCCUGUAUGAGUGAUUCUGUUUUGCUUCUGACUUGGCACGUAGAGAAAAAAAUGCUUCCAUUCCUGUUUACUAUUACAUUAAUUUAUGGCUCGGGUUUCUUAACCUACUACAACCGAGCAGAUCAUGAGCCAUUUGUUCACUCAUUCAUUUCUCAAUCCUUUAGAAAAAUUCACCUAAAAAGGUAUUCACUCUUUUAUCUGCAUGUUUGUUUAUUCCAGAACUGUACUUCAAAUAACAUGUUUUUGGGGUUUUUUGUUUGUUUGUUUGUUUGUUUUUAAUAGAGUAGAACUUAGACUGUUUUUGGCCAUAAAUCAUUCUGGUCCUGUCACAACCAGAAGUUUCCCUGAAAGGGGGCCAAGAGAAAGAGUGGGAGGUGUGACGUCUGGACACCCCAAAAGCCCAGAUUUCAGUAAAUGUUCAGGUAAAAGAAUUCUGGAUAUCAGGAACUGAGUGCUCUAGUCCCUGGAUGCAGCUGGAAUAGACCCCCCAAAACCAAAGAAAAUAUGUGGGGAAAUUCAGAAGUUCUAACUGAACAUGUCAUUCAGUCUGUCCCCUCCACCCCCACCCCAACAGCAUAAUUAAUUUUCCAGGAAAAAAAGGAAAAGCACUAUGCUACUUUUGGACUCAUGCCACUCCCAUUGCAACCCCAGGUGAACGACCCAUCCUUGCAGGUUAAAUGCAAACUUUGCUAUACCAAAGAGUCCUAGGACAUUUUCACAUGAGCUAUAAAGGCAUUUUCCCUAAAAAAAAAAAAAACAAAAAAAAGGUCCUCCCUUCUUUGUACAUAAAAGAUGAAAACUAUGCAUUUAGCAAACAAAGAGAAAGCACUUCCCCCUUUCCUAUCUAGUUGUUUAGGGUGCAUUCAAACACCGGAGGCCAUUUUGAGAUGCAUUGGCCGUCUGGGUUAUUCUUGUGGUGUGGUUAGCUUUACAGUGCAUUUGGUAACUAUUUCCUAAAUAGGAAGGACAGAGAAGCAGAAGGUAAGAAACAGCUACUUCCACAUGUAAAAAAAUAAAAAAAAUGUAAAGAUCUACUAUUUAUAGUGUGAACCAAAGACGCUACCUCACUCGAUUUCCAUUGGUGAUUUUAAUCACAUUGAUAUGAUACCAAAGAAUACCAAAGAUAUUUUCAUGCACGGCCUCCGUCUGCAGAGGGAACUCCGCCCCUGUCCUAACCCUUCUCCCACCCCCCUCGCCCCUCUUCACUCUUCACUCAGUGUGUAAACUUGUCUUCAUUCUUAAUAAUAAUGAUACGACAACAACAACAUUAGGAAAUACUACUCUUAUUACUGCUAGUUCUACUUGUAAAUCUCUAGGCAAACAUGUUGCAAACUUUGUAAACUUCUAGGACGAGUGCCUUGCUUGAACCAAAGUGUUAAACCGCUGUUGACCUCUCUCACCUUAUACUCUUUGAAUACCUCAGCCUCUUAGAAAGGCCACUAAUGAAAAAAAAAAAAAAAGGAAUAAUUAUUCACCGUGGUGCUUUUUCCGUGCAACCAUGCAAUGAAACUUUCUUUGAUACCAAAGGAUGACUUUUUUUUUCCCAAUUUCUUGCUGAUAAACCAAAGCUCCUCCUCCUCGUUCCCUCUCAAGGUCCCCCCACUUCACUGAGUCCCUUCAUCAGGCAGGCCGUGCAUCACUUUUACCAAUUCCUCCAAAUACCUCAUAGUAAUAAAGUUUUAGGGUUAUGUUGUAUAGAGAGUCUAUGUGAUAAGGCAGAACUUACUAGUUUGAUAAUUGUUAAGGUUACUUUUAAAAGAAACUUUAUAAUUCUUAUUUAUUUUGUAGUUUGUAUGUUUGGGAUGUCCGCACCCUCCCCUCUUAAGUUUGGGGUUUAUUUUCUUGGCAGAACUGCUCUGUUGCUCAAGGAAGACUUAAUUUCUGGAAAUGUUCCCCAGGUGGGUUAAGGGUUGUGUAAAAAUGCAAGAAUGGAAUAAGAAAUGCUUUUCAUUUUGAUGGUUACUUAUGAAGUUUUUGUGUUUCGUAGUAAAUUUGUUUCGACAGGGUAAAAAAUAUAUACAUAAUCUCUUUCUUGUGAAACUGGUUCCUAUUUUUCUCUAUAAUGUGCUGUGAUUUCUUUAAUUUAAUUACAUUUUAUAUGAGCUUAUUUAAUCACUGCUUUAAUUUAUGUGUAGUUUUUAAAAUGUAUAUAGUAGAAUCGAAAUGGCCAAAGCUUUGUGUUACAAUCUUUUUGUUAUUGAUGCUAAGAUUAGCUGAAGGCAAGAGCUUCUCUUAACUGCAGGGUGUAUUUUUAGCUUUUUCUUAGCAGGCACUUCAAUGUGUGUUGUGAACACUGCCAGGUUCCCCCCUCAAAAAACUUGUACAUGCCAAAAUAAGUGUUUCAAGGUAGUCCUUUUUAUCACUUAGAAAGAAGAAAGGCAUUAUUCGUGUUCUUCCUUUAAUUUAUUAAUUUUUUUCUUACUUUUUUAUUUUAUUUUAAGUAAGGAUUAUUUUGCAGGUUAGACCUGAAAUUCCAAAGAAUUUAAGACUUGUUUAAUGUUCCAAAGCACCGGCAUUUGUGAGAUACUUUGCUACUUUUCUUUCUUUUUUUUUUUGCCAUUCGCACGGGUAUGAGAAGUAAAGAGUGUAAACACUCAAAGAGACAAGCUAACUUGAAUUUGGAAAACCUCUUAAGUUUCACCAAGUUUCUGAAUUGCUUCAAGGCAGGAGGCAGGAUAUGGGGACCCAGUUCCUUUUGCAGAGCCAGAGGAGAGUAUAAUGGCGUCAUGCCCUUUCAGAGAAAGUCAAGGCUGACCAGGCGCCUGCCCAUCUGGCCAACCCACAGAAGAAGCAAAACAUGAUUGCUCGGCCCCAAUUAUCAAUCGAGUUUAAGGAAAAUGUUUCACAGUUACAUAUUCCUCCCCACAUCUGUUUCUUGGAAACUGCUACCCACAAUUCCACCCACCCUUCCCUAACCACCAUAAUUGGAAGAAUUCUUCUCAAAUGUCAGAGUCCCCUGGUGAAAGUACCCCAGGCCUAUCUGAGUUGGUGUCUUUUCACUCUUUGUCUUCCCACUAAUUUUCUUUUUCACACACUAGAGAUGGUCCCUGCCUCAAGCCCCCUUCAUCAAGGUUGUUCAGAUACUUGGCCCUGUUUUAGAUCAGCACAUGCAAAAUUCUCAGCUGAGUCGUGGCAUCCUCAGAAGACCCCGUGCCCGCUAUUUUGCUUUAUUUUGCUGAAAUAAGUUAAUUCAACUACAUGGCAUAAAUCCACAGAUGUAAAUACUUUUCCCUCAAUACAAGACAUUUACCUUAUUUUCUUUGGCAGGCGUGUUUGGGGUAGGGAAGGAAAGGGAGGGCUUAGACUUUGGGUCAAAUGUUACAUUUUCUUAGAAACAUUUUUGUACUCGUUGUGUAUUUUAAUAGGGCAAUAAAUCUGCUCUGAGUUGCAGGAUCAUUCAGUGCUCUGUUGGUAAGCAUUGACUAAUUAUUUGUUUUUAAUACAAAUGCUGUGCAGUGAGUGGUAGAAAGCCCAGGAAAAUGGUGGAGGGAGACGACCGGCCAUCAGUAGUGACACACUGAACAGAAUUGUAUUCACGAGGUCAUGUUUUCCGUUUCUGUGUUAGUCUCGAUUUUUUUUGUGUGGUAUGUUCUGCAUUUAUUACAUAAUCAUUGUGGGCUCCUUUUAGAUGUGCCGUCUGAACCAAGUGACAAGUAUUUUUUAACAAAAUAAACUUUAAAACAUUGUCUUCCA